UUCAACUGUCAGCUGUUUUUUACUUGCACAACAAUUCUGCUGCAAUAUUUUUCCAGCGUUUUUAACAAAUUUACUAAAAUAAAAUGCGGCUGACGAACGUUUUAUUCAAGAAAGUGAAGAGCAAACGCAUUAUGGUUGUGCUGGAAAGUGUGGUCAGCGGACAUCAGUACAAUGCCUUUCGAGAUCGUUUAGCUGAAAAAUUGGAGAUAAUACGCUUUGAUCCUUAUAUUCAACAGGAGAGCCUCUACCGCGAACGCAAGAAAAUUCGCAGCGCCUAGUCGAAAAUACCCUAUUUACGUUAAUAUUUGCACUAGAAGCUAUGCAUUUUUUUUAAUAAAUUUAAAUUUUGACAUUGA